AUGUUUAUCAAGAUUGUUAUUCUAUUUUCUUAUAUAUGUAAUGUAUUAACAUAUACAAAAGUAGCUACUGAUUAUGAUCUUUAUGGAAUUAAAAUUGCUAUAAAUGAUCAAUUUCUAGUUAGUAUUGAUAAUCUAUUUUUGGUUUGGUAUGUCGAAUAUUUCCCACACACCAAUACUUCAAGCUGCCAACUCAGUUAUACUUUAACAACAUGUGAUUUUGUCUAUAGUGUUAUUGUACCAGUUUCAAAUAAUAUCUCGUUUGUUUAUAAUUGUAUCGAUUUUCAAGGAAAUAAUGUCGUCGGUAAUUUUAUUGGUAUAAAUAGAUCGUGUGACUUUCAAUUAAAUAAUGAACAGAUUGUAUUUAACUAUACGACACAAGAUAAUUUUGUGGUUGCUUUUAAUGGAGAUGGUACUGGUGUAUAUGGUAUUGCUGAUGAUUUUGUAUUGUUUUAUAAAUUAUAUCCAACGAUUGAAUUGUUUGUGUGGCCAAAUACACUCGAUAUUUCUCCUCGAGCAAUGGAUAUUGGUGCAAACCAAAACUAUGCCGUUGUAGUUGGAUAUUGUCAAUCGUCGCCAACAAUUGCAGUUGAAUGUGGUUUUGUUAUUCGAUUAAAUUCAUCAUUGUCAUAUCCGAUAAGUAUAAAUGAAUUUGAUAUUAGCAAUGUUGUACAGUAUCCAUGGAGUGAUCCACGUUCCAUUCGUUUGAUCACACAAAGUCGAACUUAUACUGCACAAUUAGUUAUGUCAGUAAGUAUUUGUUGGCAAACACAACAUGUACUAAUUGGUAUUCAAUCUCUCAAUACAGUUUUUUUGUAUUCAUUGAACGAUACACAUAAUCCAAUUAGUACUCGUCAAAAUGGAGUUGGGUUGAUGGGCUAUGGAAAAAGUGUAGCGUGGUUAGAUAAGAAUGGUAAUAAAGCAGUCAUUUUAGCUAACAUUUAUUCUUAUUCAAAUUAUCAAUGGAUUUCAUCAUCAGUACAUGUAUAUGAUAUUCAAUCAGAUGGAUUUUCCGAUUCGACGCAACCAAUUCUGGUACAUCCUAAUAGUCAACAACCCCUUCAACAAGAAAUGGAUCCAUCUUUUAUUCGUAUCUUUUGUUCACCUAUUGGUCAUUUAGGUCUUCUAGAUCGUUUAGGCAAUGGAAUCGGUAUUCUUAUAGCAUCUCCAAAUAAUUAUUCGAAUACAAACACGAGCCUAUAUGUCACAAGUGCAGCACCUUGUUAUCGUGGUACGAGCCGAAAUUAUAGUGGAAUUGAAUUAUGUUAUCCUGAUUCAUCAUUAAAUAAUUGUUCGAAAGAUUUUUUCUGUCCAUAUGGAGCUGUUGGUGAAGUUUCCUAUUUAACAUUUCGAUCAAUUGAACAAAAUCCAGAAUAUCCUGAUUCGCCUGAGAAUACUGUCUUUGAUGAUUUACUUAUACAAAACAUGUUUAUUUUCAGCCCAAAAUCGAUUCAUUGUUUACUUGUAUCACCAAUUACUUGGGUAAUAUUUGUCGCAAUACUUGGCUCUACUGUUGCUAUUAGCAUGGCACUUUCAGAAUGUUAUUGUCCUCAUCAUCAUUUUAUUCGAGAUCGAGCCAAGAAAGUCUUUAGAAAAAUGGAUCUCAUUGGUCAAGGAGAGAUGUGGAUCGGUGGACUAAUGUCAGCUGCAAUAAUUGUUCUUAUUGUAUCAGCAUAUUUUUUUUCUAAUGGUUAUCUUCAUCAAUAUCCAAUUGAAUAUGUUACUAAUAAUAGUACAUUUGCAUGUGAUAUCACUUUGCGUAAUGCAAAAUUUACUACAACAACUCAAAAGAGAUGGGAUCCUCGUCGUUCUACAAAAGACAGUCAACAUAUGUUUGAUUUACUUAAUUCUCAACAAUUUACACUUAAUAUUGAUCUUAUUCAAACAGCUUUUACUUGUGAAGAUAAUAUUUAUGUACAACGUGUCAAUGGUAAUACAGUUACUAUAAUACCAAUUACAAAAUGUCAACCAAAUUAUAAUGAAACUACUAUAAGUUUAGCCAUUUUACUUCCAGUUCAUGAGAUUACUGCUCAACUUGUAUUACCAGGACUGAAAACGGUUGGAGCCAUUCGAAUUGGUCUUAGUGGCCCUUCAGCAGAAAUGGAAGAUGGAAGGUUUGCAUUGAUGGAUCUCAAUUUUGCAUCGACAUUUGUUUCAUCUUCACUCGAUGAUGUUCUUAUAGAAUCAAGUACAUUUUCUAUUGAAUUAAUUCAAAUUGUUAAUCAAACUGAUCCAUUGGAUGAUGAUGGUUUAUCUACAUUCAGUGCUAUUUGGUCAUACACGUUCGGUGAUAAUUCUGAUGAACUUUUUACUAAUGAAAGUCGAUAUACAUUCUUCUAUCGAACACAAACCAAUAUUAGUAUUACAAUUACUGAGAAUAUAUUCUAUAUUGGAAAUUUACAACAACCAAUUGCCAGACAAACAGAAAUUGCUUUUCGUAGUCUUCUUUUCACGAUUGUUGUUUUAGAAGUUUUUGGUUUAUUAUUUCUUCUCCUGAAAUUAUUUCUUAUUCCAGUAUAUCGUUUGAUACACAAUAGAAUAAAUCAAAAGCUGUCAAAAAAUCGUGUAACUCCAACGAAUGAUUUAACAAUGGUCAUCGUGAAAAAUGACAAAUCAGCAAUUAUAACUAAUUGA